AAUUUCAGUGGUAUAAAUUUUUGUCGAUCUGCUACUGCAUACAUUUUGUAUUUUUGACUGGUACCGCUGAAGGUACAUAGAAAUGAAUUUGGUUUCAAUUUUUUUAAUUAGCGUAGCACUAAUGCUUCCAUUGGGUCUGAACGGAUGUCCGAUAGAAUUAAAUCCAUCAAAUUUCAGGCCAAUAACUUCCCAAAAUAUGAUUAUGGUCAAAUUUUAUACGACUUGGUGCGGGUAUUGUAAGCAAAUGUGCGCGGCCUUUAUUAACUUGGGAAUAAGAUUAUACGAGACCAGCCCCGUUAAGGUGGGCCAAAUCGAUUGCGACAGAUAUCCUCAAGUGUGUAAUGCAGAGGGCAUUAAAAGUAUACCUACGUUGAAAUACUAUCGACAAGGAUGUGCUGUUCAGUACACCGGAGAGCGGACCGAAGCUGCCAUGUUUAAUUGGUUGGUACGUAAUGCUUGAUUAUGUAGAAGAGGAUAAGUACUGUACAAGCCAUGUAAACAUCUACCGCCAGACGGAUCGUAGCAACCAACAUCCAUUUGUUUCUUUGAUAUAAAGCAUAACUCUAUUUGACACCCAACGAUUCAGAUUCUCUGUGGCAAGGAUAACAAUAUCACAUACGUAGGGGCAAUUAAAAAAAUAUAUUGUCAGCUUGUCAUUUUUAUUUAAUUCGUACAGUAAAGACACAAUAGGUUUUGUUUGAACAGUAAUUUUAAUGAGGUCUUGUUAGAGAAGACAAAAUUAGAAUUCGUGGUAUGAAACAUUUUUUUUCUGUUUGGAGAUGUCCGUGAUGCGGAUUCACGAAAAGAUAUACGUUACAUUGAGUGAUUCAACCCCUUCACACAAAACAGUUCGUACGGCCGGUAUACAUUUUCGGGAGAGCGGCUUAUGAGUGGUUCUCCUUCGCAGACUUGAGCGACGGCAAAUUAGUUUCGUUUUACAACCAUGCGACUAAAAAUAGUCAUAUUCGCACAAAAAAUAUUAUACGCAAGCAUUGAACUUCCCUUGAAUUCCCUGCAGAAUUUACACUAUUACCAACAAAGUCGCACCUUGACAUUAGGAAAUCUAGGGCCGUAUGAACUCAGUAAGAUACUGGGCGAAUUGUAAUUCAAAUUCAUUUAAAUAUUUCGGACAAUUGCCCAUCAAUGGCAACUUCAUAUACCACUAAUAUAAACUUCAACCUAGGGGAAUCCUCAAUCCAGACAAUUUCUAUGUGAAUCGAUGCUACUUUAGGAAAAGACCAAUAAGAAGCAUAGUAAAAAUGUGGUUGUUCGAUUGUUCUUCAAUCGCCGUGAAUUAGAUAUG